AUGCUGCCUGUGACCAAGCCCGGGAGCCCACAGCCGGAUGGCAGCGGCAUGGAGAAGCCCCCGAUUGCCGGCAUCCCACGAGUGGCGCCCACCACCAAGUUCAACGCGCCUGUCCACAUCGAUGUCGGAGGCACCAUCUACACAUCUUCCCUGGAAACUCUUACUGCUUACCCCGACUCCCGCCUCGGCAAGAUGUUCAACGGCACCAUUCCGAUAGUCCUGGACACGCUGAAGCAGCACUACUUCAUCGACCGCGAUGGGGACAUGUUCCGACACAUCCUGAACUUCCUCCGCAACAAGAAGCUGCUCCUCCCGGCUGACUUCCCACACCUGGACUUGCUUCUCCAUGAAGCGCACUUCUUUGAGCUAGACCACAUGGUGUUUGCUUUAACUAAGCUGAAGUCUGAACGCGAAGGUGUGAAGCAAGACCGGGACUGGCUGAAUCAGGCCACAGAGAGGCUGAAGCAGGAGACUGAGCUGCUCAUGCAGGAGAGAGACCGGUUGCAGCAGCGGUGGUCGUGAAUAGAGGAGGACCAAUGCAGAAGGGAAGCUGCUUCAAAAAGGCGCAGAGUGUAAAUGCUUAUUCUAAGUGCAUACUUAGAAUAAGCAUUUAGGGCAUCCUCACAUGAACAGGGUUCAAGUUUAGGCCAAUUGUGUUUCAAUUAAAAAUUAUAACUUUGUGCCCAAGGAUUUUGUACAUUUUCGAUCUAUUUAUGUAAUGUUUAAAGGCUUCAUGUAGGUACGAGUUUGUUAAAUAUUUGGUGCAUAACCUGUGAGGACGGCGUGAUUUGUUUCAAAAUUAAAGUAGGUAAGUAAUAAUUUGUGAAAUUAUAGUAAUUUUGCGUCACAAGCUCUGUGCUGAACAACAUUUCCUGAAAAAAUCGUGCAGUGAAAUGCCGCCUGAACAGGACCUGGUCAAUUUAGAAAUGUCAACCUGCAAAUCAAUUUUAUUGAUAUUGUUCUUGAUAGCAGUUGGCAACCAGCCUUUGUAUCACUAAGUACCUAAGUACUAGUAACCACUAAGUACUAGCUGUUUUUAAAUAAGGUGUUUUUUUUGGUAAAGGGCAGUGCACUUCUGUGGGUUGUCAGCUUAUACAAAAGUGUUUAACGAACAAUGAAAUUCAGUCGAUAGCUGUUGUUAAAUUUAGAAAUAAUUGGUCAGAAACGACAAAAAUAUAAAUUAUUUCAACUUUAGGUUUUUGAAUGAAACUACAUUCGGCUAUGAAGUAAAUGAACUAAAACUUUUAUAUACUUGAGUAGGUACAUAUUAUUUACACUAGUUAUUUAAGAAUUUGCAUCUGUGAAAAACAUAUCAAGAAUCUGAUCUCAAUUCUAGAAAUUUGUUUAUGAACGUUGAGAUUUUAUGGUUAUGAUUUUGAAAAAAAAUCAAAAGUCAAAUUCAUGAAGAACACUUUAUACAACCAUUGAUAGAACAUCAACUUACAUAGAUCAGUGCCGUUUUAUAAUAAUGUACAUGCCUACUGUUAUUUGUUUUUCAUGAUGAUAAAAAUCUGCCUACUUACCUUUAUGUUAUGCUCUGGACACUCAUGGAAAAAGUGCCUUGUGUCCGUUAACGUAGUAAAAUCCCUGUACUUAUUGCAAACAGCUUCCAAUUCUUAUGAUGCGUCAAAGUUUGGUCAGUAAUAAAAAUAGUAUUAAGUAGAAUCUUGAAUGCUUUUCUAUGACAUAAUUAACUCAUAGUCACAUAAGCUUAACAUUAUAUGAAAAUAUUGGAUUGAGCACUUACCUUAAGAAUUGAUACCUAGAUGUUUCCAAUAUUGUACUGUAUUUAUCAGACAUUUCCCUUCUAGGCGCCACAGCUAAUCGAAAAUUAGUUUUUAUAAAAAUAUGAAAAUGCUUUUAAGAUUCCCAAAGCUGUUUUGUAAUCCGUCAUUCAAUAGUAUAAGUAGUAGCAUUUUUAUGAUAUUGUGUCAAUAAUAGUAAAUAAUAAGUAACAAUCAUGUAGAGUUAAAAUUAAGGGAAAGUAGAAACAUCAGACCGUUCGUUAUCACACCAGACUCUAGGUAUACUUGCAAUAUCUCUAAUAAAACUUUAUAAAAUGCCCGCGUUUACCUACACUUGGCGCAAAGAUUUGUGCCAGACGGGGCCAUCUUGUAAUUUUUGAAACAGAGAUGCACACUCGCCAAUAUUUUAUUAAUUAUUACGUAAUAUAGACAGACAACGCUAUGCCUGCCUCUGUGUGACGUAGCUCAUAACCAGUGUGAGUCCUGCCACGAGUCUUUGCACCCAGUUAGGUAUAGGUUGAUAUGCUACAGAUAAAAUAGUUGUCAAGUUGCGAUACUUUAGUAUUACUAAAGUUCACUGUUGCAAACCGUUUGCUUUGGCUUAUUCUUAUUCAUCCAAAAGUUAUUGUACAAUAUUUCGUUUAGUUUAUACCUACCAUAUUAUUAUCCGUUUGAUAGCUACGUGUGAACUAUUGUAAGCUUUAAUUUAUUUACUCUUAUUGAUGUUAUUAGUUAGUACAAUGAUCUUUUGAUGUCCAAUGAGAAUUACAAAAUCCGACCAAGUGCGAGUCGGACUCGCCCAUCGAGGGAUCCGUACAAACCUGUAGGUAUAAAACUUUGAUUUUAUUACAGCCUUAAAGGUGUUAUAGACCUGAGUAUUUGAUAUGAAUUUCAAUAUAAAUACCUCUACGCGUUCAUGAGGAAAGGGGUAGUAAGCUUAAAAUUAUUAAAAAUAUUUUUAUUAUAUGAUGUAACCAAAAAUUUACGGUUUUCGCAAAUUGUCCUUAAUUUGUGCCAUAAGACGUUUCUUCGUACCAAAUUUAAAGAUUCUGAGUUCACGGGAAGUACUUUGUAGGUUUUAAUUACCUUACGAAUGUCGAAAAUAUGCGAAAAUUUGCGGAAUAAACGACUGUAACUUUUGAUUGCGUUGGCUUAGAAGUUUGAUUUUUCCACAGCUCUAAGAGACAGUAGACUUGAGUAUUUAGUAUAAAUUUUAGCUUUAUGACUCUACGUGUUCCUGAGAAAAAGGGUCUUGACAGACGGACGGACAACAAGUGAUCCUUUAAGGGUUCCGUUUUUUCCUUUUGAGGUACGGAACCCUAUAAUUGAAUAUCCCAAAAUUAUCUACCUCCAUCGUCAGUACACUAGAGGUAGAUGAGCUUAAGAUGCAUCGAACAAGUCUAGUACCUAAGUAAAAUUUUAAUAAUAAUAACUAGGUAAGUCAUAUUUCAAAAGUCAUCAAACUUCUCUAUGGACAUUAAUAACUAAAAUUGGUGACAUCUCAAUACUUAUGAAACUUUUCUAUCGACAUAGUUAAGUAUUAGGCUUGUUAGAUGCAUCUUAGGCCCAGCUACCUCCAGUGUCGGUGAGACGUGCUAAUUUUGGGACACCCGGUAGGUACGACUGCAAAAAGACAGUAGGAGGAGCCGAUUUUGAUUACUGAAUUAUUCGAAAUAGUAGGAACAUUUCUGUCACCUUGGACAAGAUAGGUCAAUGAAUCCUUUUGUUUUAAAUAUACAAAUGAGAUGUUUUAUGAACAUUGUAUUUCAAAUGAAUAACUUACUUUUUCUAAAUUACAAUAAGUCUACUAGAUAUUCGUAUUUUAGGUAUGCUUUUAAAAUGAUCACAUUGUUUUGUUUUAUGUAAAUUUUAAAUAGAAUUUCUGUUAGAGUUGGUUAUUUAGGUAUAAUUUAGAUAAGCUAAGAAAAUCAUAAUAAGUAUUACAUGAAUGUAUGGCAUUUACCAAAAUGUCAAUUUUUAAUAUCUUCGAAAUAUAUUGGUUAUUUAACGCAAACUGCAUUCAUACAAGACAAGAAAAAUGAGUUUAUUAAAUGUUAUAAAGCAACAGUUUAUAAUUUGGUAAUUAAAAUAGGUAGUCCUUGUUUCAAAAUCGUAGAUUUUUCUGAGUAAGAUGAUUACAAGCAGUUAUAUGUAUGUAUAUGUUACACCAUAAUAAAAUAAUCUUAUUUGUAC